GCGGCUACGCGAAGAGUGAAGUGUCCUCCCAGGCGGCGACGAAGUGUGUGAACUCGUUUAUCUGCAUCGUAUUUAUGCUCGUUCAUCUGUAGACCCAACGCAGGCAGCCGCUAAAAUUAUGUUGGAAGUCACGGUGAAGACGUUAGAUUCACAGAAUCGAAAUUACUCUGUACCCGACGAUAUCACUGUCAAAAACUUCAAAGAGAAAAUAGCAUCGUCAGUGAACAUCACUGCAGACAAGCAGCGUCUUAUCUUCUGUGGGCGAGUGCUCCAAGAUGACAAGAAAUUGAGUGAAUAUGAUGUUAACGGCAAAGUUAUUCACCUGGUGCAACGGCCACCACCACAGCCGUCCUCGGGGGGUUCGUCAUCAUCAGGGGCUGCCAGUACUGGCUCUACCUUGGGAGGUGGAGGACCUAGGGGGAGUGCAUCUGGCGGGCUGCCUCAUCCACGUGAAGGAGGUGGCUUUCUGCUUGGUGCCUUCACCAUUCCCCAGGACAUGAUUGAUCCUGCCCAAGUACAGCAAAUCGUACAAGAUGUGGUGUCCGGAAUGGGAGAAAUUGGCCGAAAUGCCACUGUCAUGUCAAGAACUUCGGAAGAUGGUUCUUCUGUGGAUGUUCAUAUCAACUUGGGUCAGGUACCAAUGCAGAGUGAGGCCCAGCUGCGUCUCAACCAGGCACAAACAAUGGUGCAGAAAGCAACACGUGUAAUUGCUGCUCUUGAGAACCAAGGCCAGCAGACCACACCACCUCCUGAUGUUGAAGGAAUGGAUCUUGGAGAACGGGUUGAGGUGGAUGUCCAAAUGGUUGACACCAAUGGAAAUGACACUGCACCACAGCCUAAUGCAUCAGGUGGCAGUAGCAGCGACAAUGAUCCAGCUGCAUCUCGGCCCUUGGGAUUGUCAUCAUCAACUGGCCGUUUUGGUGAGGGAAUCGUGAAUGCUGCUAGAGCAGCUGCUGCCGCAGCAGCCGUUGUUGCUGCGCGUGUCACAGCUGGAUCAGUGUUUGGCUCCUCUGCAGCUACGGCUACAGAGAGUCCAGCAGUGACCUCUGCUGCAACUACCAGUCAGCAUCAGUCGCCCAUCCAGUCAGCAGUUUCUGAUGGUGGAGCAGCUCCUGUACAGCCAACUGCACCAACUACUACUGCAGCUUCUGGUACUACACAGCAGGGCAGUGGACAGCCUAACACCAGUACAAGGCCACUGAGAGAAUAUGGGCCUCCUGCAGCUGCCUUGGCACCUAUUCUUGGCGAGAUACUGCAGCUGCAGACUCGACUGGCUCCACAUCUUCAGCGAUACCAGGAGCUUGUUCAAGAUGAACCAAAUACACAAUCUAUGACGGAUGCUGAUGUGCAGCGCUUGGCCAAUGGUGUAUGCUGUGCAUUACAUUUGCUGAGCCAUGCUUUGCAUGCUGUGAGUGACCUGCACAUGAAUGUGGGUACCAGGCCACGUAUGCUGCGUGCUCGUCUUUUGGGACCUGGUCAGGCUGGCAGCAUUUUCCACACUAGCAUGCCAUUCCAAAGCCAUAUAAAUGUUGGUGCAGCACAGUCUCCCUCAACUGAAUCGGUUCCUACUACAAGAAUAUCUUCUGGCACCACUGCUACAAGUGCUACAUCUACAGCUACGCAAGCAGCACCAACGUCUAGCAGCACAUCUCCUACAACUGGAGGAGGGGGUCCCUUCAGUGCUACGGGCCCUGCACUUCUGACAGCUCAAAGCCCAGUAGUGUUCAUGGAGCUUGGACCAGGGUCUAUCACCAUUGAUAGCAUUUCCACAGCAGUGAUCAAUGACCUUCCCCCACCCUUGGAUCGUAUUGUGGAUCAGCCUGAGGGCACUGUCCCUCCUCCUCCUUCUUCUUCAGCAGUUGACGAGAGCCCCUCCAACCAGUCUGGUUCAGCAAGCUCCCAGAGUCGUGCUCAAACAGCAGGGGCAGCAACAGUAACCACAUCAUCAGGCACAACUGGGACACGUGCAUCCCCAGGGCCGUUCAGAGGCCUAGCCCCCUUAAGCUUCCCAUUGGGCACAGCCCUUGGGGGUGCAUUGGGCAGCUCAUUUGAUCCUUGCCUUCCAUGCAAUUCUUUCUGGACACACAGUCAGGGUGGCACAGGUCACCUGGUGGGCAGCGGAGGUAGUCCCAGCCAAGGUGCACGGACUGCACCACAGGGACCCACACAGGCACCACAACCUGGUAAUCAACAUGAUGAUCAGCUACAUCAGAUGUUGAAUGGUCUGAUGACUGCCCUCCUACACCAGCCUCACCUUGUGCUGCAACGUCAGCACAUGCACAUGGGACAAGGCAGCGGCAGCGAGGGUAGUGGGAGUCGUCCAAGAGCAACUCUGGCAGGAAUGAUGCCAGGCCGGAGCCGCCACAUGUCCAUGCGCCAGACUCCCCUAGUCUACAGGGGCAAUGGGCCUGCAACUGCAACUACUGCUAGUGUACCCAAUACAGCCACUGCAGAGCUGUCAGCCAUAUCAGCACGUCGCCGACUGAGCCCGGAUGCCCGUUAUCCUUUGCCUCGACCGGUCAGCAACAUGGACUUCCAUGGCCGCCUGGCGGUCAUCAUUCAUGACCGGUCACGUGGGGAAUUGGGGCAGCACCGGCGCUUAGGCUCUGGUGGUUCCCUCUGGCCUGGCCAGUCCUCGGGCUCAGCACAGCAAGGGCCAAGCUCAGCAACAGCUGCUCAGCAGCAGCAAGUGGAGAAGCAGCCAGCAAGUGCAGAGGCUCGUGACAGGGAGCCCAGAAGUGGACCUGCUACAACAUCCACCUCUGCUGUUGAGGCACCAGUUCCAAAGGCUGGCCAGAGCAUAGAAAGCUCAGCUUCUAGUCUGCCUGGAAUGUUGGCUCCCACAUAUUCCCUGCAAGGUCCCCUAGCCAAUAUGGUUGAGGUUGUCCUAAAUGAUUAUUCCUGGGAACAGAAUUUGUUAGAUGCAGCAUCGCUAUUGGAGGUUUUCAUCCGAGAGAAUGUACUCUCUCCGAACUUGCUUGGAGAAGAAUUUGCAACCAAUGUGUUGGCAAGCCUUUCUCGGGAGCUGACAGCUGAGGACUUAGUCUCUCUGCUGGGUGGUGAUCGUCCUGGGCGACUCAACCGACUACAGGGCGUUCUGCAGCUGGCAGUGGUGCAGCACCUGACCCCAGGCGCAGUGUCGGACCUACCUCAGUUGGUAGCUCCAGCUAGGGAUGCCUUGCUAUCUAGAUGGGCUGCCCCACUUAUACAAGACAUGCAGGCUAAAGGCAACUUGAGGCCUAAUGUGGAUGUGCAAGCUACCAUCAAUGGAUUUUUGAGUGAAAGGCUGCACGCAGUUCUUCUGCACAUUCUUGGGCCAAGCAGUGAAAAUUUUGGCCAGGAAUUGCUCUCUCUCGUCCAAGUGGCACUCAGUGACCUGGUGGCCUUGGCAUCAUCCUGCUUUGAGGAUGGUGCUGAGUCCCUGAACGCAAUCUUUCGUGCCAGGAUGGAUCCCAUCUUGUCGGGCUUGAGCCGAAAUCUAAGCUGCAAAACUCGUGUUUUCUUCUGCGGCUGGGUUGGCGCCUUCUGGCAAAGAGUUUCUGAAGGCUUGUCAUCUUCCCAGGGGGCCACUGCUGCCAUUGCUUCAAAAUAUCUCGUGCAGCAUGACAACACACCAGCAAGGGACACUUCUGAUACUAUCUCCAACCAAAAUGAUGCCACUGCACCAAGAAUGGAUGUUGACCACCAAAUCACAGAUCAGAGUUGUGCUGUGCAAGGGGCUCAAAGUCUAAACAAUGGGGGAGCUGCAAGCAUAACCCCAGAGAAUCGACCAUUAGCACCUCCAAUGGAUGAGGAACCACUCCCUGUCAUCUUGGGUUCAGAAUCGUGGCAUGCCUCCGUACCAUCGGAAUGGGUGCCUAUCAUCACAAGGGACAUCCAGAGGCAACGACGUCAGGCAGCACAGCCUCCAUUCAGUGAUGCCUACUUCUGUGGAAUGCCUUCAAAGCGAAGAAAGAUCAUGAAUGGCAGUGGUGCAGCAGCUGAGAACGCUGGUUCCUUGACUGAGGCAUUGCAGCGUGCUGUGCAGCGUGCGGGUGUACGGGCCCCACGCAGUGGCAUGGAAGCAUUUUUGUCUGAAGCACGCCAGAACCCAUCUCUUCAGGCAGCUCACAAGUUGCAGUUGCGACAGGCCGUACGGGAGCGACUCUCCUCUGACCCAGAUUUUCGGGCUGACCGCUUCCCUAAUGCCCACAAGUUCUACUAUAGCGCAGACCCAUAGUGUAUCAGGGAAAUGGGGAUAAAAUGAGGGGAGGAGGGAGCCACUGCCUUGGUAGCCUGCUUGACCUACAGGGGCUGCAAUCUACAUGAGCACAAGUCAUCUGUAAUGGCCUUUUGCUCAUGUAAUUUGAGCUGCCACUGGUGAAAUGCUGCAUCAUUGAAAUCCAGAAGCAGAGCCCCACCUGGAAAUAAAUGGAGCCAGUGUCACUGUGGGCAUUGCAAGGCUGUCAUAGGAAAAUGCUAGUAGAGUUGCUGUGUACAAAGGUGUUCACUUUGCCCUCCUAUAUCCCUUGUUGUGGUACUAGUUGUCACCUGCCUUCUCAGGCAGCAAGUGCUGUAAGCGACAACUACAUUCUACUUUCGAUAUAAGUGGGAUAAGCCUUUAACCUUUGCAUAAGAAAACUGUGUACCUUUAAAUUUGAAAUGUGAGAAAACUGCCCCAGUCUUUGCCAUUGAUAUGAAAUAGAAGUUCUUGAAAGUACACAUUUCUUAAGGGCCAAUCCAUUUGUGGCUCAAAAUUGAUGAAAAGGCAGUGGAACAAAAGCGCUUAUCAGGCAAUCCCAAAUUACUGAUAUCUGUCACAACCAGUUGCCAUUCAUAUUUGCUGUAUGAACUCCAAACAUAAGUAUAACAGCCUAUGCUAAAGCAAGGUUGGGUAUACUGCAGUAGCAGGAAAGCUAUGAUAUGGUUAUAAUGCUCUUCAUUUCAACAUUCAUGUCCGUGCUGAAAUCAAAGUAGCACGGAAUAAAUGGUGCUUUCUCAGAACUUAAAAGUUGCACAAUAGUAGAUUUCUUUGGUGGUGCCUCCUACUUGCUGUGCAUCUAAAGCUGUACUUCUGUAUUAAUUGGUGUGUGCACCUAGAACCAGAGGAGGUUCUUGUAGUUGUGUUGCUUCCUACUUUCUAAUUAAUUCUCUAUGCUCAAUUCUGGCACAAAAAGAUUUGCUCUUAAUGUAUGCCUGUACAGGGUAUCCAAGUUUAAGUAAAAGGAGAAAAGUACUGACAAACUAGCAGCAUUUGGUCACCUGUCCUCUUACACCACCAUGAUAUUCUUGUGUGUUGGUUACCUGGUUAAUUAGAUGUGAAACAAUAAAUUUUUAAGCUAAUGUAUGUGACUUCAAACUAAAAAGUUUUAUUGUGCCCAUAAAACAUCCUCUUCAGUCAUAUACAGCAUGUUAUGUUCUAUGCAAUUAUUUUUUUCCAUAUGUACAUGUCAGUGCACCUUAACACUGUCCCCAGAAUUUUUUUAUGGAACAAACUCUAUUCAUUGCCUGAUGUGGCAAUCACCUGGCUGUGAUUGAGCUCUCUAAGUGUGGAAGUCAGUGCAGACAACCUGCUACUUUCAGGCUCUUGCUAAGUCAAGCAGUGAGUGUAGAUAAUUAUCUGCUUUUUCUGGGGGGUUGCUGGUUUCAUAGUGCAUGGGCAUGAAUCACCUGGUGCUAUUCAUGUUUUGCAUGCUACGAGUCAAGUGCAGAAAAAGUUACAUGGGACAUAGUGGACUGGAAUAACUGAAGGGUAUGUCUUGUAGUGCAGUAAUAACUUUAUCACAUCAAAACUCAUGCCCUUUAUUAAGAAAGAGUGGGGGUGGAAGAGUACUGAUGAGUAAACACUGCAGGCCCUGUGGGCUUUUUUGCACCAUUUUUUAUAACAGCUUCGCUAACAUUGGCAGGGACACUACGUAUAGCAGUGAUCACAGAAAUAGAAGUAAAGUGAACGCUUAUGUACACUAUUUUUUUAUUGUUUGAAUGAGAAAUUGUAAAACCAGAAAGACCACUUCUUUUUUAUGCAUAGUGUAUCACUGAAUAUUAUUUCUUUAGUGUUUUCUAUAGCAUGUUAUGAAAAUGAAAAUCCACCAACCUACAGAAGUGGCAGUCUUCUACGUAUUUUUGCCUGGCAUUUUGCUUACAUUACUUGAUUGUGUGAGUUUCAGACAGAGUGGAUAAAAAAAGUUACUAACUGUAGUUUAACUGAAUUCAUUUGCUGUGUAUGUUGUAAAGGACAAAUAUGCAGGUUGUUUGGAAAUUGUGACCCACCCAAAGAUGUGCAUUUGACUAUGUAGUUUUAAGUGUUGAUAAGCUGAUCGACACAUUCCUACACUUCGUGUUAUGUUAAGCAUAUGUAUGUAUAGAAGGUUGGAGGUUUAAGAGUUGAGAUCUGUGAAAAAAAAAUUAAAUGUGCAUUGUCAUUGUGUUAGAUCACCAUUUAAAGAAAAAUAAAGACAUUUUACGUGA